AUGCCGAGUUUUCACAGGUCGUAUAAGUCUUGUCUCUUACUCCCAGCUCUCCCCCCUCUUCCUCCCUCCCCCUGUCAACCCCCCCUUUCCCAUGCAGACUGCUACCCCACGUUCCGCCACGACUCCUUCCAGGGAUACAAGAGCACGCGCCCGCCUCGCCCUGACGCCGUGUCACGAGCCAUGGAGCUCAUGCAGGCUGCUCUGCGCGCGCUGGAGCUGCCGUCCUUUGCGAUAUCCGGAGUGGAGGCGGACGAUGUGAUUGCGACUCUCGCAACAGAAGCGCUGCAGAAUGGCAUGAAGGUGCGCAUAGCAUCGCCUGACAAGGACUUCUUUCAGCUGCUCUCUCCCAACCUCAAGAUACUGCGACCCACACAACGCCCCAAGCGUGGCAGUCCGCGCUACCCCACGUCGCACUUCUACACUUACGCGGAGGAGGACUUUCGGAGGGACUGGGGUGACGUGGAUCCGCCACUCUUUGCUGACAUCCUCGCCCUCAUGGGUGACGUCAGCGACAACAUCCCCGGGGCGCGUGGCAUCGGCCGCAAGAACGCACCCAAGCUCGUCCGCAAAUACGGGUCUGUGGAACGAAUACUGGAGCGGCCAGAGCAAAUACUGGACAAGAGGGGACGAGAGGCAGUGAUAGCCAGCAGAGACUCUAUAAUCCAAUCUAAGGAACUGGUGUCGCUCCGCAUGAAUGUGCCACAUGGGAAGUCAUGGGACGACCUCCGCUUUCACCCACCCGCG